AUGGCCGUGCCUCACACAAAACUCCUACCGGCCAAAGAUGUGAAGGCGCUCGGCGCGCCACAAAGUCUGUUUAGUAUGCGAGUGCCGGACGACAUCAUCAGUGACAUCAUGAACAUAGAGCAGGCCUCUCUCAAGCCUUAUCGCUCUAUCAAGACUCCCACUGACGCCGACCGACGUUUUAAUUCGUGUUUGAAGGUAGAGCCUUUGGCGUAA